CAUCAUAAUCACAAAAUAAAUAAGCCACCAAUUUUUCACCUGUCACCAAUUCAUACGAUUCACUCUCUCAAUCUCUACCCCCGUCAACCUUUCACUACUAUUUCUCCCACAGACAGAAAUAAUGGCUUUAGAGAUCUGUGUCGAAGCUGCUGUUAGUGCCCCUAAUAUUCUCGGAGAUUGCCUAUUUUGCCAGAGAGUUCUGUUGAGUCUGGAAGAGAAGAAAAUUCCAUACAAGUCUCAUCUCAUCAGUCUGGGUGAUAAACCUCAAUGGUUUUUGGAGAUAAGCCCGGAAGGAAAGGUCCCAGUGGUAAAAAUUGAUGACAAAUUGGUCGCAGAUUCUGACGUCAUUGUUGGUAUCUUAGAGGAGAAAAAACCUGAACCCCCUCUUGCCAUUCCUCUGGAAUUUGCCUCUGUGGGUUCAAAGAUAUUCCCAUCUUUUGUUAAGUUCUUGAAGAGCAAGGAUCCCAGUGAUGGAACUGAGCAGGCUUUGCUUGAGGAAUUGAAGGCAUUGAAUGGGCAUCUCAAGGCGCACGGUCCUUUCAUUGCUGGGGAAAAGAUCACAGUAGUGGAUUUGAGCUUCGCUCCGAAUCUUUACCAUCUUGAGGUUGCUCUUGGCCAUUUCAAGAACUGGACUAUCCCUGACAAUUUGACACAUGUCCUCAACUACAUUAAGUUAUUGUUCUCCCGUGAAUAUUUCAAGAAGACAAAAGCUGUCGAGGAACAUGUCAUUGCUAGAUGGAAGCCAAAGGUCAAUGCAUGAAUUAGUUCCAGAUUACAAGAUUUUGGAAACUAGUCAUGUAAUGUAGUGGUUGGGCCUUCUCUCUCAGGAAAAGAAAGGGUGCUGAGCCUGGUGUGUGUUAGACAUCUAAAACUAAGAUACAUACAGGGUGCUCUGUAACUCAUAAAAUCCAUUAACCUAUCAGUGCAGUGGCCUCUAUUAAUUUGAAAUGGCUAGCAUUAUUUUAAUCUAGCUUUGUUAUAUUGAUAUUAGAGCAUACGCUAAUGUCCAUUAUGUUACUUUGCUCUAUUAUUUUAUGAUAUAUCCAUUAAUAAUUCAAGUUGAAGCUGGACUACAUUA